CUUCCGUAAACAAAGAUGACCGACAACACGUUUGGAACGGAUUUAAAGCUCUAUUCCAUGCUCAAGUUGCAUCAUGCUUUGUGGUACUGUGUAUUCCUGGUGUGCAUUCAGUGUGAAGUGUGUAAUAAACGGACCUUCGUGGGAUAUUAUCUUCAACAAGGCAACGUUUGCCUCAGAAACUCUUCAUCUGUUCGAAGUAACAACACUUUCGACAGAUUAAUCUCUUCAUUUCAAACAUGGAAAUUCGCACCACGUCAGAUUCUACACGAAACAUUUCCCAUAGACCCCGAAAAAAGGAAUUACGUAAGACAGGUGAAAAAUGUGUUAUUUUCUGAGGUCAAACCAGUUUCAUUCCAGACUCAAACAAAACUAGUAGCGAUAUCGGACGACGCUUUGAGAGAUAUCUUGGAUCUGGAUACAAAUAUUUCUACUGAAGCACAGUUUACUGAUUUUGUCAGCGGGGCGUACCUCCACCCAGGGGCCACGCCCCUUUCCCACAGAUAUGGGGGUCACCAGUUCGGGAACUGGGCAGACCAGCUCGGUGACGGUCGGGCAGUGAUGUUGGGCGAGUAUGUCAACAGGGGCGGGGAGAGGUGGGAACUGCAGCUGAAGGGGUCGGGCCUCACCCCCUACUCACGCCGUGGGGACGGAAGGGCUGUGCUCAGGUCUUCCGUCAGGGAGUUCCUGUGUAGUGAGGCAAUGCAUUAUCUAGGUAUACCCACAAGUCGUGCUGCAGCGCUUGUCGUAAGCGACGACCCCGUCACGCGAGACCAGUUUUAUGACGGUCACCCCCAGACUGAGAGGGGUGCUAUUGUACUUCGCCUGGCUCGAACAUGGUUCCGGUUCGGUUCUCUCGAACUGCUGGCAUACAAAGGAGAAACAGACCUGUUGAAACAGUUAACUGACUUCGUCAUACAGAGUUACUUCCCUUCUGUUGACUGUGCUGAUGGAUCCAAAUACCUUGCAUUUUAUAGUGAAGUUGUCACCACUACAGCUGAUAUGAUCGCCAAAUGGCAAAGCGUUGGUUUUGCUCAUGGUGUUUGUAAUACGGAUAACUUUAGUCUUUUAUCGAUCACGAUCGAUUAUGGUCCGUUUGGUUUUCUGGAUGAAUAUAAUCCCAAAUUUAUACCCAACACAUCAGACGACGAAGGGAUGUACAGUUACGAACGGCAACCAGAUGUUGGGAUGUUCAAUUUGAAUAAAUUGAGACAAGCUCUGCACCCGUUAUUAACCGACAAACAAAAAGCUGAAAUGCAGAGUGUUUAUAACGGAUAUGCAGAUAUCUACAAAAAUAAAUUCAUGGAGAUUUUCCGGAAGAAAUUGGGGCUGAUAAAUUCCGAUAGUGAUGAUGAGCAGCUGGUUGCGGUAUUGUUAAAAAUGAUGGAGGAUACGAAAUCGGAUUUCACUAUGACAUUUAGACAACUCGGAGAAAUAUCUCUAUUUGAUAUGGAUAACAGCAAUAUUGACGUCAAAUACUGGGCUUUGAGAACAUUACAAAAACACGAAUGGUUCUCAAGAUGGGUUCAGAUAUACACGGAAAGAACAAAGUCGACCAAUAUUUCCGAAAUCGAAAGACAAACUUUAAUGAAUAGUAGUAAUCCGAGAUAUGUUUUGCGAAACUGGAUAGCUCAGAAUGCAAUAUCUCUUGCCAAUAGAAACAAAUUUGAGCAAGUACGGAAAGUGUUGCGUGUUCUCAGAAAUCCAUUCACAUUCCAACAAGAGGCUGAGGAGAGUGGCUUUGCUGACCCGCCGCCAUAUUGGGCCGGUUCUCUUAAAGUCAGUUGUUCGUCAUGAAUGUAAAACUUUGGCAUAAAUAUCAAUUUGUUAUGUUUUCAAAA